CACCUGGGACACUGGGCCAUGCAAAAGAACUAUCAGUAAGGAUGGCGUCACUUCCUGUCAUUCCUGCCAACGGAAGUAGUUAAUUGAGCAAAAUGGCAACCCCUUAUGUUGAAGAUCAAUCUGGGAAAUACAUUGCUGCUACACAGCGACCUGAUGGAACCUGGAGGAAGCCUCGUAGAGUGAAGGAUGGUUAUACCCCUCAGGAAGAGGUCCCUGUCUACGAGAAUAAAUUUGUUAAGUUCUUCAAGGGCAAGCCCGAUCUGCCACCGGGUAUGAGCCCCAGCAAUGCGGCUCAGGCAAGGCAGCAGCAGGGGAUCCCCGGCAUUGCAGAGAAUGAGACAGCUGGGCUCUCCAAGACAGCCAAGCGAAACAUGAAACGCAAGGAAAAGCGCAAGCAGCAAGGCCCGGAUAGCAAUGUGGAUACACUAACAAAUGCUGUUGAGACUAUGACGUUUGCAGAGGACGGUGACAGUGUGACGCCUGCAUCUAACCCAGCUGGAGCUACUAAUGACACUUCAUCUGCAACAGCAGAGAAGGCCAAGAAGAUCAAGAACAUAAAAAAGAAGCUGAGGCAGGUUGAGGAGCUGCAGCAGAAACUGGACUCUGGGGAAAUCAAGCAAGUUACUAAAGAGCAGCAGGAGAAGCUUGGAAGGGCCAAAGCCUUACAGGUUGAGUUACUGCAACUUGAGGAGGAUUCAUGAGAUUGAAAAUGUUGUAAAAAGUGCAGCAGACCAGUUGUGGAAGUUAGACUGUUCAAAAAUACAAACACCCAGUUCUAAAAGAAAUUGACAUUUACAGCUGCGUUGAUGAGCUUCCCUUGAACAUUUUCUGGAUAUUUGUUAUUAUCAGACAGCCAAUGAACAUGAACUUUGGCUUUUGGAAUAUCAAGUGUACAUAAACCCAACACUUCACGUGUUAUGUUGUUGACAAUAAGUGAUCAUGCUUUUCCCACACUUUGUCCAAAACCAAUUACCAAACAACAAUGAGCCAUCCAGGUUUUUUCUCUUCAUUUAAAAUGUACUUUUAAAACAAUUGAACUGAUUCCCUAUGCUUGGCUAUGAACUUAUUGGCCAUUCAAUUAUAGUUGUAAUAGCAUUUAUUUGUGUACUUAGUAUGUUCGUGCAUUUUCUAUCUUUGUUUUUUUUUAAAUCUUUAUCUGUCAAGAAUAGCAUAAAAUAUUAUACACUGCUCAAAAAAAUAAAGGGAACACUUAAAAAACACAAUGUAACUCCAAGUCAAUCACACUUCUGUGAAAUCAAACUGUCCACUUAGGAAGCAACACUGAUUGACAAUACAUUUCACAUGCUGUUGUGCAAAUGGAAUAGACAAAAGGUGGAAAUUAUAGGCAAUUAGCAAGACACCCCCCAAAACAGGAGUGAUUCUGCAGGUGGUGACCACAGACCACUUCUCAGUUCCUAUGCUUCCUGGCUGAUGUUUUGGUCACUUUUGAAUGCUGGCGGUGCUCUCACUCUAGUGGUGGCAUGAGACGGAGUCUACAACCCACACAAGUGGCUCAGGUAGUGCAGUUCAUCCAGGAUGGCACAUCAAUGCGAACUGUGGCAAAAAGGUUUGCUGUGUCUGUCAGCGUAGUGUCCAGAGCAUGCAGGCGCUACCAGGAGACAGGCCAGUACAUCAGGAGACGUGGAGGAGGCCGUAGGAGGGCAACAACCCAGCAGCAGGACCGCUACCUCCGACUUUGUGCAAGGAGGUGCACUGCCAGAGCCCUGCAAAAUGACCUCCAGCAGGCCACAAAUGUACAUGUGUCAGCAUAUGGUCUCACAAAGGGUCUGAGGAUCUCAUCUCGGUACCUAAUGGCAGUCAGGCUACCUCUGGCGAGCACAUGGAGGGCUGUGCGGCCCCACAAAGAAAUGCCACCCCACACCAUGACUGACCCAUCGCCAAACCGGUCAUGCUGGAGGAUGUUGCAGGCAGCAGAACGUUCUCCACGGCGUCUCCAGACUCUGUCACGUCUGUCACAUGUGCUCAUGUGCUCAGUGUGAACCUGCUUUCAUCUGUGAAGUGCACAGGGCGCCAGUGGCGAAUUUGCCAAUCUUGGUGUUCUCUGGCAAAUGCCAAACGUCCUGCACGGUGUUGGGCUGUAAGCACAACCCCCAACUGUGGACGUCGGGCCCUCAUACCACCCUCAUGGAGUCUGUUUCUGACCGUUUGAGCAGACACAUGCACAUUUGUGGCCUGCUGGAGGUCAUUUUGCAGGGCGCUGGCAGUGCACCUCCUUGCACAAAGGCGGAGGUAGCGGUCCUGCUGCUGGGUUGUUGCCCUCCUACGGCCUCCUCCACGUCUCCUGAUGUACUGGCCUUUCUCCUGGUAGCGCCUGCAUGCUCUGGACACUACGCUGACAGACACAGCAAACCUUUUUGCCACAGUUCGCAUUGAUGUGCCAUCCUGGAUGAACUGCACUACCUGAGCCACUUGUGUGGGUUGUAGACUCCGUCUCAUGCUACCACUAGAGUGAGAGCACCGCCAGCAUUCAAAAGUGACCAAAACAUCAGCCAGGAAGCAUAGGAACUGAGAAGUGGUCUGUGGUCACCACCUGCAGAAUCACUCCUGUUUUGGGGGGUGUCUUGCUAAUUGCCUAUGAUUUCCACCUUUUGUCUAUUCCAUUUGCACAACAGCAUGUGAAAUGUAUUGUCAAUCAGUGUUGCUUCCUAAGUGGACAGUUUGAUUUCACAGAAGUGUGAUUGACUUGGAGUUACAUUGUGUUGUUUAAGUGUUCCCUUUAUUUUUUUGAGCAGUGUAUAUUAGUUAGUUGCAUUAAAGAUAGAAAAAUCCCCUAUUGAAAAGAAUACCUGUUUGUUGACCCAUCUCUGUGUACUGAAAUUAUACAAAUUUUCCCGAUGAUUGGAUUACUUCAAAUACAGUUUGAAUUUGUGUACAUAAUGAAGAGGUUCAUGGUUUACAACAUUGUAAACAACUAAUAAUGUAAAUCCCUGUGAUUACAGGGGAUAUAGAGGAUUGUGCUGUUUUUUUAUCUGAUUUCGGCAAUCAGAUAGGAUUAAAUGUUAGAAUGUGAUUCUGGUCCUCUGUGUAGGGAUUCGGGUUUGGUCUGACCUUUUUUUUCAAUCUGACCUUUUAAUCAAGAUUAAAUGUCGUUUUUCAAUGGCGAUUUAGGAUAGUUUUGAUGCCGAAAAUCUGGAUUAUCUUGAUCUCACUGGAAGGGUGGUUUUAGAAAGGUGAAUGGCACUACAACCAAGACAUUUUAAUGUAAACUGAACAAAAAUAUAAAUGCAACAUGUAAAGUGCUGGUCCCGUGUUUCUUGAGCUGAAAUAAAACAUCAGAAGUUUUCCAUAUGCACAAAAAGCUUAUUUCUCUCAAAUUGUGUACACAUUUGUUUACAUCCCUGUUGGUGAGCGUUUUAUCUUUUGUCAAGAUACUCCAUCCACCUGACAGGGUGGCAUAUCAAGAAGCUGAUUAAACAUGACCAUUACACAGGUGCACCUUGUGCUGGGGACAAUGACAGGCCACUAAAAUGUGCAGUUUUGUCACACAACACAAUGCUGGAGAUGUCUCAAGUUUUGAGGGAGCGUGCAAUUUGCAUGGGGACUGCAAAGAAUGUCCACCAGAGCUGUUGCCAGAGAAUUGAAUGUUGAUUUCUUGACCAAUGUCGUUUUAGAGAAUUUGGCAGUAUGUCCAACCAGCCUCACAACCGCAGAAAACGUGUAACCACGCCAGCCUAGGACCUCCACAUCCGGCUACUUCACCUGCGGGAUCAUCAGAGGGGGUGCUGAGGAGUAUUUAUGUUUGAUUGGCUGGGCCUUGCUCCCCAGUGGGUGGGCCUGGCUCCCAAGCUGAUGGGCCUAUGCCCUCCCAGGCCCACCCAUAGAUGUGCCCCUGCCCAGUCAUGUGAAAUCCAUAGAUUAGGGCCUAAUUAUUUUAAUUGACUGAUUUCCUUAUAUGUAACUCAACAAAAUCUUUGAAAUGGUUGCGUUUAUAUUUUUGUUCAGUAUAACUAAGGUGACAAGGUUUAAAAAGCUAUUUUGCAUCUGAAAACCAAAGGUAAUGUUAAAUUGGUUGUAAAGUCAUGUGGUCAAGUAUAUUGAGAAGUGUCAAAUAAAUGCAUGUACUUAUGUGAUAUGCAGACCAUUUUUAAUCUAGGUACCUUUUAUUAAUGUAGUUUACUCAGGUUGGGUUAAAUGCGGAAGACGCAUUUCAGUUUAAUGAUUUUCAGUUGUACAACUGACUAGCUAUCCCACUUUCCCUUUACCUUACUCAUAUCUGUUUCAUUAUGACAGUGUUGAAGUAGUACCAUAGCCUGUCCAGUAGAUGGCAAGGUGUAGGCCUGAAAUGCCGGAUUCUGUCAUCUUGAUAUUGUGUUAUCUGAAUCAGAAUGAUCCUAUCUGGUUAUUUGCUGAAAAACCGUCUCAAAAACAGCUAGAUCAAUCUGAUCUUGCAUUGCAAAAAAGAAGAUUACAGAAUCCAGAUCAUUCUGAACCAGAUUAAACGAUUUGAAAAACUGGGCCCUGGUGACAUCAAGAGGCAAAAAUGUGACAUUGACGUGUUAAAUUAGUGGAUCUUAUAUAUAAGCAUACUAAUUAACGGUUGUCUCAGAACGGAAAUGUGGUUAGUUGUUUUUCUCUCAUAGGACAGUUGUGAAACUUUACAUUACUGGAGGAUUAGGUUUUUAUCUCACAGACUACAUUAUAUUUAUCUUGAGAAAUGUAGAAAGAAACACAUCUUGAUUGAGCAACUUCAGUGAUACAUUUAGGAAAUCCUUCACUGUCUUUCCCUAUGUGUGAAUCACUGUUUCAUUUUUCAUUAAUUAUGCAAUAUAAGGUGCAUUGAAUACACCAUCUGUAUUGUAACCCUGUCUCAAUUGUCAUUUAAACUGACCAAGAAUAGACCUUUAAAAGUUAUUGUUAGUUAUAUUAACUUAAUUAUUUUGUGUUCCUCUGACGUGAUCUAGGGUAUUAGAGGCAAUUUAAUUCGUUGAAAGGGGAUAGCUUUUGGGAGAGUUGUAAGUGGGCUGUGUAUUUUAUGAGUUGCUGUCGGUGUCUGGAGUUUUUAUUUGCUCGAAACUAAUCCCAGAAUGCAUUCCUCUAAUGAUUUAUUAUGUGGUUGGAAACAGGUCCCAGUGGGCAGACAAUGAUAUAAAACUAUGUGAAACCAUAAACUACAGAUUUCCAUAGAACAUUAUUUAAGGAACUAUGGCUACCUGCACAUUCCACUGAAUAACAGUAUGAGCCAUGUAGAUCAGAUUUAGGAAAUGAUAGGGGCACUGAGGUAACCACCAAAAAUCACACUUCGUAGCAUGUUCUCUCUUUUGUUGUUUAGGCUGUCCUUCAGCUUGGCAGUCUUACAUACGCAAUAUACUACAUAUGUGUUUAACUAUAAGAACCUUUGGAUACUUCCAGAAGGCAACUAACUUAGCCGUCUCAGCAACACUUAAUAAGGCCACAUUGGCAAUGAUGAAACAACCUUUGAGAACUCCUUCAAUGACAAAUCCCUCAAAUAUCAAGUCAUGGGUGGGUCACUUUAUUUGUUCUCUUCCGGAUUCAUUGUUAGAUUAUCUUUAUGGCAAAAACAAAGCCUUGCCAUAAAUGUUUUAGCUUUACAACUAUUUUUGACUGCUAUAUUUAACUAAUGCCCAUUUCCACAGGUUCUACUUGGUGCAAGAUAAUGCUGACCUACUGCAUCUAUAGCUACACCCCAGAUUUGGGCCUGGCAAAAACAUGUGUGGCCCUGCGGUCUGCGUUUAGGUACUGAAGUAAGAUGUCACCCCUGAAUUUCUGGGAGGUGUUGUUUCUGUAAAGAGCAGACAUCAAAAUCGUGUUUCAUAACAAUGAUCUUUUCCAGUGCCCUUUGACAGACCAGGUGAGAGUCAGAGUGCUCCAUAGGCGUACAACUGUCACUGCAGUUUGGAUGUGUGAAAGAAGGCUUUUCAGAUCUCAACUGACAUGAGUCUGAUGGGGACGAUCUGCUGUAUAUGCAUCUGAACGUGAUAUUAUCUGUAUUUUCACCUGUCUGAAACAAUCCUCUGUCAUUAAGGGGAGUCAGGCAUUGUGCAUUUUGACAAAGACAAGUAGUGGACAGAGGGGAAAUCUUCUGGCCGUGAACUGAGGAUUGUAGCAGCCCAUGAGAUUGGUCACGUCCUUAGCCUGGGUCACUCUCAGCACCACGAGGCUCUAAUGGGACCCGUUUACCCUGGUUACCGUGCCAACUUCAAACUAAAUCCUGAUGUCGUCUCUGGAAUCCAAGCUCUCUGUGUUUAGGGCUGGAUGAUUAUUUAUUUUGUUUAUACAGAUUAUAUGAUCAAUAUCUGAUAAAACAUCAAAUACUUCCGUA